AUGAAUAUAGCCAUAGCAUUAGCCAGCUUGGGGUGUGGAGAAGAUGAUCGUACUAGUACCGACAAAAUUGAUCACGGGUACGGUGAGUCUAGCGAUGUUAGCUAUGGGAAGGAUGCCAUGUUGUCAGAGGAAGAUCUUGGUUAUGGAAAAGAAGUGAAGCCUUCGAGUGAUGCUCGUGGUUAUGGUGAAGAAACAAUGCCAUCCAAUGAUGAUCUUGGCUACGGGGACGGUGUCCAAACACCUGUAGCGCGCGACAAUGCUGACCUUGGCUAUGGGUACGAGAAGGCUUCGCGGGCGCCAUCUAUUGUGGAGCUAGGCUACCGGUAUGGGGAGAAUAGACGUGGAAGCGCUGCGGCGCAGGAUAGACGAGGAAGCGCAUGCAUCAAGGCGGUACAGAUUCGAAAUGGUCAGAAGAAAAGGGAUUCCAUCUUCGCAACGAGAGCAUGCAGUAAUUCGGAUGACUACGAUGAUAGCUCCGUUGAAUACAGCGACAGCGAGGACGAAGAGGACGAUGACGCCUUCUAUAACGAGGUGCACGAAGAGUCUGUUACAGAAAUCACGAUGGACGAUGGCGGCAAUGACCACGAAGACGGUUGCGCACCACCCAAGUACGGAAUCGCUGCUGUUACAGCCGAGUUUCGAGAAGACGCCCCAAUGCCAAAACGUAUCUCCUUGCAGUUCAACCAGCAAUCCGAGCACUCGAGUGGCCGUACCACAACCCGGUCUGGACGGCUUGAUGUCUCGCUUGGAACAUCUAGAUUGCCGCGCCGAGGUACUAUGGACCACCUCAACUCGAGCAGAAGGCAGCUUGCAAGGCACCACAGCAAUAUCUCUGUGUCAACGACCCCGGUGAGGAGGAUCUCGAUGGAUUUGUCCUCUACCAAGACGAGUACGUUUUCGCCCAAGCGACAGCAGACACGGCGAAUCACCAUGAACGUGUCACAGACACCUUGCCGGAGAUGCUCCGUGGGCAAGACCAAUCCCCCGGUGAGGACAUCGUCGAAAGGAUCGGUCCUCGAUAGUAACAGAAGAAGGACUACGAUGGCUCACUCCUUGGGUGGUGUCAUGCACAUCUCGGGAGAGUCAACAAGGAGGCUGUCGAUGGAUAUGUCUCGGCCUGUCCAAGGAGGCCAACCAGAGAGAAGACGCGUUACCAUGAACCUGAGCAAGUCUGUUUUGCCCCGAAACCGUCCCGCAUCUACCAGAAGGACGUUGUUGGGAGACAAACCAACGCCUGACAUGGCGCGAUCUGCCUAA